UCACGUGCCCUGCGGAGACCGGCGCGUCGCCGCUCUAGCCCACCGCAGCCGGGUAGGGCGUCGCUCGGAGGGCCGGAAGCGGCGGAAGGCUACGCUUGCACUUCCGCCGCGCGGCGCCUUGUGGGAAAGCUGUCUCGCCUCGGCUCCCCCCAAGAUGGCUGCGGUGGCGGCGGCGGCGGCGCGGAGCCUGGCGCGUUCCCGGGGGCGCUUCCUCGUCCCGACCCUGCCCGGCGGCCCUCAUCCGCGGGCCAACGUGGCAUCCCUGGCGGGUCUGUCCCGGGGCAAGAGGGUAGCCCUUGGCGCUCUGGGCGUUCUGACAGUCGGUGGGGCAGGGCUUGCCUGGGCCCUUCAGAGCUCUGUGAAUGCCUCGGAAUUGGAGCUUCAUCCACCCAGUUACCCCUGGAGCCACAAUGGCCUCCUGACUGCACUGGAUCACAGCAGCAUCCGACGUGGCUACCAGGUAUACAAGCAGGUGUGCUCCGCUUGCCACAGCAUGGAGUACUUGUCCUUUCGCAACCUUGUGGGUGCUACCCACACUGAAGAAGAAGCCAAGGUCCUGGCUGAGGAGGUGGAGGUGCAGGAUGGACCCAAUGAGAACGGCGAGAUGUAUACGCGGUCUGGCAAGCUGUUUGAUCGCUUCCCCAACCCUUACCCCAACGCUGAAGCGGCGCGGGCAGCGAACAACGGGGCCCUACCUCCUGACCUCAGCCUCAUUCUCAAAGCCAGGGAUGGGGGUGAGGACUAUGUCUAUUCCCUUCUCACUGGCUACUGCGACCCCCCUGCUGGCGUGACUAUACGAGAGGGACUUUAUUACAACCCCUACUUCACUGGACAAGCAAUAGCUAUGGCUCCUCCGAUCUACAACGAUAUUCUGGAAUACGAUGACGGUACGCCUGCCACCAUGUCGCAGGUUGCAAAAGACGUCUGCACCUUCUUACGAUGGGCAGGAGAACCAGAAUUUGAUGACCGCAAGCGGCUAGGCCUCAAGACAGUACUGAUUGCAUCCGUGGUGAUACCCUUCGUGUACUUGAUGACAAAGCACAAGUUUUCAGUUGCGCUGAGCAGGAAAAUGUUCUACCAGCGUCGUGACUGACCUCUGGAUGAGGCAGACCCGCCUCCAUUGACAGAGCACUGAUGGCGCUUCGUCCUUCAUGUGGCUGGGCGGUGGGGCGGGAUGGCCGCUUCUCCCGAGUGCACUGGCUGCUAUUUAAUGUCUCUCGCCAUUCAUCCAGUCGCUCUCGCAGCCUUGGCAAGAGGACCCUGGGGUAAGGGGUGGCAGGCACCCAAUAAACGUGUUUCUUCAACCA